AUGUCGUCCACAUCCCCCGACCAGAAGCUCCAGGCUGUCCUCCCCGACGCCGUGGCCGAUAAGAUCCCCCACAUCCCAGAAAGCAAGGAGGAGCUCAAGGCGGACGCCAAGGCGGCGGCUUCGACGGGCUUGGCCCAAGUACGGUCGUUUGUCGCCGGUGGCUUUGGUGGUGUCUGCGCUGUGGUUGUCGGCCAUCCUUUUGACUUGGUCAAGGUCAGGCUUCAGACUGCUGAGAAGGGGGUGUACUCGAGUGCGAUUGAUGUGGUGAGGAAGAGUGUGGCCAAGGAUGGGUUGAAGAGAGGGUUGUAUGCUGGUGUGAGCGCGCCAUUGGUCGGUGUUACGCCCAUGUUCGCCGUCUCCUUCUGGGGCUACGACCUCGGCAAGAGCAUCGUCCGCUCCACCUCUACCGUCAGCCCAGAUGGCAACCUCUCCAUUGCCCAGAUUUCCGCCGCCGGUUUCUUCUCCGCCAUCCCCAUGACCGCCAUUACCGCCCCCUUUGAGCGCGUCAAGGUCAUCCUCCAGGUUCAGGGUCAGAAGCAGCUCGCCCCCGGGGAGAAGCCAAAGUACAGCGGCGGCAUGGACGUCGUCCGCCAGCUCUACCGCGAGGGCGGUGUCCGCUCCGUCUUCCGCGGUUCCGCCGCCACCCUCGCCCGUGAUGGUCCCGGUUCGGCUGCUUAUUUCGCUGCGUAUGAGUACUGCAAGCGGGCGCUCACCCCCAAGGAUCCCGUCACUGGCGAGGCCAGCGGCAAGUUGAGCUUGACGGCUAUUACCUGCGCUGGUGCCGCUGCUGGUGUGGCCAUGUGGAUUCCUGUCUUCCCUAUCGACACGGUGAAGAGUAGGCUGCAGACUGCGGAGGGCAAUGUCACGAUUGGUGGCGUCGUCAAGGGCCUGUAUGCCAAGGGUGGUUACAAGGCCUUCUUCCCUGGUUUCGGGCCCGCGUUGGCGAGAGCGGUCCCUGCUAAUGCGGCGACCUUUUUGGGCGUAGAGCUGGCGCACCAGGCCAUGAACAAGGUCUUCAACUGA